AUGCCGUGGAAGAUAAAAUUCCGGGAUUCUGUGGACAAAGUAAAGGCCAAAUUUGAACACAAAGAGAUGCGCCUGGUGAACGGAGGCCGGCGGUGUGAAGGGAGAGUGGAAGUGUGGUACAACGGGACAUGGGGAACAGUGUGCUCCGAUAAGCUAUAUAGAGUGGAGGCGGAAGUGAUCUGUAAACAAUUAGAAUGUGGACCCCUCGCAUAUAUUGAAUAUGACACCAGAAAAUAUGGACAAGGUUCUGGGCCCAUAUGGAUCGAUGAGAUGAAAUGUAGCUCGCACGAGUCAGACCUUUGGCAGUGCCAGUUUGACCCGUGGGGGAAACACGACAGUGACCACAGGGAGGAUGCAGGCGUUUCCUAUGCUGAAAUGCCGGAGACAAUCCGCGGGAAAGGCUGCGACGGAGGAAAUGAAUCUAAAUCUCGCCGUUUACCAGAUCUACAAUUGCGGUUUGAUGGCGGCAUCAACAAUUGCUCCGGAAGGGUUGAAAUAUUAUUCAACAACAGCUGGGGAACGGUGUGUGAUGACUCCUGGGGUCCCGCCGAUGCCAAUGUUGUCUGCAGACAGUUGGGCUGUGGCUCUGCUCUUUGGACCCCAGGAGCGGCGACCAUUGCCCCGGCCUCAGGUGAUAUCUGGCUGGAUGAAGUGAAAUGCACAGGAACUGAAUCAUUCCUGUCCCGUUGUCUGGCUUCGCCGCUCGGUCAACAUGACUGUGAUCACAAGGAAGAUGUCUUUGUCACCUGUUCUGAAAGUGUGAAGUUGAGGCUGGUGAACGGGAGCAGUCCAUGCGCCGGGAGAGUGGAGGUCCACUACAAGGGAAACUGGGGGACUGUGGCUGAUUCCAGCUGGGACCUGCAGGACGCGGCGGUGGUGUGUCGGGAGUUGGGCUGCGGCGCCGCGACGGGAGCCCCGGGCGGAGCUCACUUUGGACCGGGGUCCGGACGCAUUGAGACGUGGAAUGUUGAGUGCACCGGGAACGAGGCCGCUCUGCGGGAGUGUAGAUCAGAUCCAUGGGGGUAG